AGUGAGCAGGCACCGAGAAGGCUGCGCUGCUGCUGCAUCAGGGGUACGGCUUCACUGCGGCGCUGGAUUGAAUUCGCCGUCACCCAGCGGCCCCGAGCAAGCGUCCUUCUCGCCGGGGCGGAUUUUACCCACUUUCUCUGCAGCCCCGCUGGCAUCUGGGGUUGCGUUUCAGCUGCGCUGGGCGGUGGGAGAAGCAGAGCAUCGCCCUCGUUAUUGAUUGCUUUUUGUCGACGGGCUCCACGCCGCUUCAGCUUGGAUUCUUUGUGGCUGUUUAUUUCUGGAGGCGUCUGCCACCCUCUGCUACAACAUCAACUGCUGCUGGUGGACUGGGGAGAGCAGAGCAGGAGCCCAGGCAGCCGCUUCGCAGCUCCCCUCCCGGGUCGGGCAGGAGAUCGCGCCGCUCCUUCCCAGCAGAUCGUUAAUUGAAUAAUUAGCCCGGAGGACACUCUCUACGUUUCGCUGUAGGAUCUCUUUCCUCCCCCUUCCCCCGGCUCCUCUGGAAGAUGUUGCUCUCCAAGUUUGGCUCCCUCGCUCACAUUUGCAACCCCACCAGCAUGGAUCACUUGCCCGUGAAAAUCCUCCAACCAGCGAAAUCGGAGAAGGAGCCCUUCGAUAAACUCUACCAGGUGGGCUCCGUGCUGGGCAGCGGGGGCUUCGGCACCGUGUACGCGGGGACCCGGAUAGCCGACGGCUUGCCGGUGGCCGUGAAGCAUGUGGUGAAGGAGCGAGUAACCGAGUGGGGCACCAUCAGCGGAGCGAUGGUGCCCUUGGAGAUCGUCCUGCUGAAGAAGGUGGGCUCCGGCUUCAGAGGGGUCAUCAAGCUGCUGGACUGGUACGAGCGACCCGACGGCUACCUGAUCAUCAUGGAGCGGCCCGAGCUGGUGAAGGAUCUCUUCGACUUCAUCACCGAGAAGGGGGCCCUGGACGAGGAGACGGCCCGGGGCUUUUUCCGGCAGGUCCUGGAGGCGGUGCGCCACUGCUACACCUGCGGCGUGGUGCACAGGGACAUCAAGGACGAGAACCUGCUGGUGGAUCUCAGGACGGGCGAGCUCAAGCUGAUCGACUUCGGCUCCGGAGCCAUCCUUAAGGACACUGUCUACACCGACUUCGAUGGAACAAGAGUGUACAGUCCUCCAGAGUGGAUCCGAUACCACAGAUACCAUGGGAGGUCAGCAACAGUGUGGUCCUUGGGAGUGCUCCUGUUUGAUAUGGUUUGUGGAGACAUCCCUUUUGAACAAGACGAAGAGAUCUUGAGAGGACGGUUAUACUUCAGGAGAAGAAUAUCACCUGAAUGUCAGCAGCUGAUCAAAUGGUGCCUUUCACUGAGGCCUUCAGACAGACCAACACUUGAACAAAUUUUUGACCAUGCAUGGAUGCACAAAUCUGAAGUAGUGAAGUCUGAGGACUGUGACAUAAGGCUACGGACCCUUGAUACUGAUGUAUCUAGCACAAGUUCAAGCAAUGAGAGUCUGUGAAACACUAAGGACCUCGCAAUGGGAGGGGAGCUACAAGCAGAAAGACCACAGUGCUGCUGCCAAUACGUAGGAGGGGCUAGAAAAAUGCAUUAAUUAUUCUGUAGUUGAAUCUUUGUCUGAGGGACUUGAUUUUAUUUUCCCCUUUUGCUGGUUUCUGCUUUGGAAUGAGAAAUUUCCUUUGGAAACGCUGUUGUUUGGGAGUUGCAGGCCAGUACUUAGUCAAAAGACUGACCUUAUUAAGAAAGCAGUGACCUCUUGAAUACAUGGUAAACUUUUUUGCUCUCAUAGAGCCUGGACUAGAUUUUUAUUUGCUUUUGAGUGCCUUUUUGAAAGCUGCUUCAGUGGGACUUUCUUUUUUGAGCUGUGUAUGUCCAAAGAAGAUCCAGUUCAUUAUAGGAUUUUGCUCCCUUUAGACUGAGUGCUGGAGGAAGCAGCUCCUAUGAUGCAUUGGAGAACAUGUUCGGUGAUUGAAUGAAGUAGUCCCAUCCACUGGUGAUGGAAUACUUGAACACAGACAUUUCACUCCUUCCAGUCCCUGUCCCACCCCCGAACCCACCUCUGCUGCUCCAAAAUAUUUCCUGUAGACUGCAUACAAAUAUGAACAGGUAUAUCAGCUUUUUUAUCAGGAACAUUCACUCUUGGUUUCUUUUAUUUUUUUUUUUUUUAUCAUCUUUACCACUGGGCAUGCGAAGCCCCUUUCUCAAUCCCACCCUCCCUCCGCCCCCUCCUUUUGUCAACCUGCGAGUCUUAAAGUAUGUAUGGGCAUGUUUAAAUGCACAAUCAAUGCAAUAUUCAAGGACUUUACUUUUUUCCAUACCUGUAUAAUGUGUUUAUGUAAAUUUGGUUUUCCCAUGUAUUAUACAGUUUUUUAUUUAUUUGUUUGAAGUUUUAGAAGACCUCCCACAGUUUCAACUGUGGCUAUUUAUUUGCUUAAUUUAUUUGGUUAGAGUUAUAUUCAACACUGCUUUCCCCCUCCCCCAUGGGAAUUCUAGUGGUUUGCCCAUGACACUCUUUUCUGCAUUCCUGUUAACUUUUGUUCAAAAAACAAAACAAAUUUUUUUUCUGACUUUACCAGUUUCUGUUGGAAGAUGGAAAAUUGUUGUUGUACAAAGUCUAAUUUAAGGGAAAUAGAAUGACUUUUUAAAGUUUAGUAUGCCUUCAUCUGGUAUUGUACCAGAAAUGUAAAGUAACGCUAUUUGGAAGGGUUUUAAAUUAUUGACAUUGUACAGUCUUUGUGUAUUGGCUCUGGAAGGUAGGGUGGCAGAGUCAUAAACCUUAAUUUAUUUUAAUAGCUGUGUUUCUGUGAUCUGGUUGCAUUUGUGCAGCUUGGAUUUGGAUUUUUUUCCUUCUGUUUAACAGUGUGAAAUGUAUGGAGAUCAUAUUUUUUAUACAGGUAUUUCAAUUAAACUUUUUUUGUAUAUAA